AUGGGCAGCAAUUCUUAUACAUUGCUUCGUAGACUUCGGGAGUUAUUUAUUUUCGCCCUGAUAUUAGAAUGCCAUGGAAAAACACCUCAUAACGACCUUGUUCUUGUGAGAUAUCGCGGCAGAGUGCUAAAUAUUUGUUCGGGAAAGAGCAUAGGCGAAACUUUGGCCGUGAUUUUGGGCAAUGAUUCACUCACGACCGAUGUCAACGCUGGACUGGAACACCCACACUCGCACAUGUACAUAGGGGAUUCACGUUUGAGAGGUAGAAGACAUUGUGGCAACGGAGUUCUGCGAUUUCUUGAGUUCAACAAGUCAACGAAUUCGUUCAAUGCACUUGCAGCAGAUGAUAUUCCGUCAAUUGUGAAGCAUUCAUCCUUCGUCGUCUCUGUUACCAAUCCCAGAAAGGAAGGUGUGAAGUCCAGCAUUCAGCUACAGGACUCCUUUCAGCAUGACCUGAACGUGGCAGGAUUGACUACGGAUGCAUCCACAGCUCAGGUGUAUGUAGGCAGUGUCGAUCAGCUGGAGCAGCAAUAUGCUCCACAUCACAAGAUGAUACAGCUGUUUAUGCAGAGAUAUCCAGCAAAGAAGCUCCGUGCUGAGGAUGGCCCUCAAAAGGCGCUGUCAGGUGGUGCAUGCCUUCCUGGCUACCUUCACUGGCGAUAG